GCAUUGUUUGGCCGAGAGCCAGUGUUUGGCCACACAUCGCGUCUCGACUGUUUCCGUCAGCCAGGCUUCUAGUACUCCUACUAUAGCGUAUCCACGCACCACCUACGCGAUUACCAGAAUCCUGUCAGAGCUGAGUCCCAAUAAGAGGAAGAGAGAGGAUCCUUCCUCUGAGACAGGAACGAAGAGGUUGAAGCUGGAUCAUGAAGACCUCGGAGAAAAAGCGUCGAAAUUGAGCUCAGUUGAGGGCCGCGCGGUUUUAUCAAAACGUCAAGGAUUACGAGGCAUUCUAACUAGAAAUCAGAGUUAUGAACAAGUCGAGUUAAGAAUGAUACAACGGAAGACAAAGAUGAGAGGGACCUGUCCACAAGAGGCUAGGCCUCUUCAUGGCGAACGCAUCAUUUCGCCACCGUAUCAAGCGUCCCUCCUGCAUCUUUACGACGAUGCCAUGUUGAAAACCGGAACAAGCCAGAGGGGAUACCUUUCGUGUAUCCAGGAAGCGCUUACCAUAUUACAAGGUCAAGAAGACGUAAGAGUGGAGGAGACUGGGAAGGAAUGGGCAGAGGAGCAACCUACCACCUGGUGCCUGCCAUCAUUCCCCCCAAUACAGAUACAAUGCGUCGCAAGAAAACAUUAUAGAUAA